AUGUCUCGAAAUACAGUGCAAAGAUUUAUUUCAUGCCACGAAUAUGGUGGUGAUAGCUCGGAUGGAGAGGAAAUGAAUUUAGUCGUAUUUUCGAAAGCAUCGGAAAUGAAACAUUUUACAAGUUUAGCAUCUGCAAAAAGAAAAGAAUAUUCUCGAAAAUAUUUAUCAACAAAAUCAAUGACCCAAAAGACUCCUGCAUUCUACAAGGAAAUUGGAAAUUCAAUAUUUGUGGAUGCAGAGUGGAAUGAUUUUUUAAAUGAAAAUCCCAAGGUGUUGCAACGAAUUUUUGAAUUCUUAACGAUUGAAGAUUUAGUGCGGAGUGAAUUUUAUGUGUGUAAAUUUUGGCAAGAUUUGAUUUUGGAUCAUUAUGGCUCUCGAUUUAAAAAUCAAUACAAAAUGGAGAAUGAACUGAUGGUGACCAGUCGAUUCCGUUUUGAAGUUCACACCAACAAUGUUUUCGAGCAACCUGAAGAAGAUCAAUCCAAAAUGGUGGAUGAAAUUUCAAAAAAACAAACUCCUAAACGAGUCGAAAAGAAAGUGCAAUUUUCACAUGAAGAGGAAGGAAAAGAAAUCAUACCAUGUGACAUUGCAUACGAUAGAAACUUCACAAAAAGAUUUCUCAUCAACUCAAAAGAUGUGGUCGAGAGGUAUGCUCUUUUGGUGAGAUAUUCAUGUCUAUCCAGAGCCAGAGAAGCACUGUGUCGAUACAUUAACUACUUGUUGGAUGAGUAUACGCAACUUACAACGGAGGAGGCAAAGAAGUUUCGCCAUUUUAUAGGAUGGAAUGAAAUGAAUGAGCAAGAUCGGAUUAAUUUUCAUCAAUCACUUUUAAAACAGGCCUUGCAAUGGUGUGAUACAAUUGAUAUACCUACGAAAAAGGUGACAGAGUUAUUUGAUUUGAGUCGUGACAUUGUAUUUCUAUCAGGAGAGUUUGCUGGUUUUGAUGUGGAAAUUUAUGUCGAGAAGCAAGGAAAAACACGUGUCGUCUUUGACGAGGUAGCACAGUUGAGCGAUGAAUCAAUCGAUAGGCUUCUAUCGAAUUAUUCUUCUCUUUCAUUUGUGGAUGAUGACAAGUUUAACAAAAAACAUGUCUAG